AUGAAGCUAUUCGAGCGAUUCCGCAAAUUUCUGUCGAAUCUCUAUACUACUACACGUACCUGGUUCCAACCCUCUCACAUCAGCAGUAAUGAGAGCAAAGUUCAAAGCAGCUACAUCUUCCCGGCAGAGUCGGAGCCUCAUGAAGCGACAAUCAUGGGAUUACCAUCUCGAUGUUCCCUACCCCCCGAUCAGUUUGACGCCAUGUGCAAUGAAUUAGCUCAACUAGCGGCGGCGAUCACUGACUUCGAACCGGUUCGGCUAUACGUGAGGCCCGAAGACAUCCCAUUGGCCGAGUCCCUAGUCCAGACUUUCGUGAAAGACGCAACAAAAAUAUCUAUCAUCCCCUGUCCAAUCAACCACUGCUGGGUCCGCGACACAGGCCCAGUCUACGUGCGCGACAAGAUAGGCGCAUUCCCGAAUCGACGCUUCGCAAUCAACUUCCGCUUCAAUGAAUGGGGCGGGAAGAAACCCGAAGACGACGGAAUCUGCUGGGGUCAGCGAUGGCCUGUGAUGGACAAGAAGGCACUACAGGAAAACACCAAUUUUGCGCGGUGGGUAAUGGAGCACGAUCGCAAGCCCGGCCCCGUUACGCAGAUCGAGACUCCGAUUCGCGCCGAGGGCGGCGGGCUCGUUACCGACGGCGAAGGAACGCUGCUUAUCACGGAGAGUAGCAUUGUAUGUGAUGUGCGCAACCCGGGGAUGUCCAAGGCCGAGAUCGAGACGGAGUUGAGGCGGCUGCUCGGGAUUGAAAAGGUGAUCUGGUUCCCAGGACGGCGCAAUGUUGACAUUACCGACGUGCAUAUGGAUGCUGAGGCAAGAUUCGUGCGCCCUGGUGUCAUCGCUUACUCAAAACCACAUCCUAUUGCGAUUGACCUGUGGCAGGAGCUGUCUACGGAGAUCCGAGAGAUUCUGGACCGCGAGACAGACGCUAAGGGUCGGCGCUUGCAGAUCCACACCAUUGAAGAGCCGGACCCACGAGGCUUGGUGAAAUCCGAUCACGACGAACUAGCGGCGAGUUAUGUGAAUUUCUAUUUUGUUAAUGGAGGCCUGAUUAUCCCCAGAUUCGGUGACGAAGAAAGGGAUCAAAAGGCGCUGGAAAUGUUUCAGCGCUUGCUCCCUGAGCGGGUGAUUCGGCAGGUGUAUGCCAACGCCAUCCCCCUUACUGGUGGGGUGCUUCACUGCGUCACUCAGCAGGUUCCUGUAAUGAAGUGA